AUGGCUGCGCGGGCGGCAGCGUCGGCGUGGUGGCCUUUCCACGCCUGCCAGGACGCCGGCGCGGAAUCCUGGAGCCCCAUGCGCGCGGUGCAGAGGGAGAAGACGUGGCCGGAUCCUGCUUGGGACGUGCUGACGCGCCGGGUAGAGAGCCUGGCGUCGAAGACGUGGUUCAUGGCGGUGCGUAGGUGGGGGAGCUCGUCGGUGGGCAGCGUCGACGACACCCGCGACGCCCGCCAUGGCAUGUGGCUCACUCUGGCCAGGCUCCGCAGCGCCAGGGCGGACGGCCAGGUCGUGCUCCGAGCGGCGGAGGCGGCCGUCGGCCACCUGCAGGCCGCGCAGUUCAUGGCUACCCGCCUGCCCCCGGCUGCCGGACUGCGCGCCGUCAUGGAGGACCAGGUCCACGCCGCCGUCAACAAAAUCCAUCCCCUGAGAGGCCGCAUGCUCAACAUGUGCUUCCUGGUCGCCUGCACCGUCGAGCCCGCCGCCCGCAUCCACUGGACGUGACCCAUUCCCUUGGUUAGCUCUGCCUGCCUGCGCCACUCUGUUUGCUCCAUCGAUCCAUCCUUCGCGUGUUCGCGCGCGCGCUACUAUCUCUGUGUGCGCGUGUUUUCUUGACGAUCUUGUGAAUGGAUACUGAAACCAUGCGUGUACAAUGA